CCGCACUGGCUAUUUGCUCCCAAACUGUUUUUUUUUUGUGUUGUACAGUAUUUUAAUUUGUUUAGAGAAUUUAGUUUAAGAAAAGUGCGUUAUCAAAUGUCGGUGAAUUUUUUGGAGAUCAACAGUGUUGCCGUCAUGUCGAGCGUUCACCUAUCGAUUUGAGAAAAGAAUUUCAUCGACUGAUUGGAGGGGGGACAACUAACGAGUUGACGAGAAAGCAAUUACAUUUUAUUUAUCUAAUUAAAAAAAAAAUUUUUAAAUUGUUAUCAACAAAGCUAUUUGGAUCAGUGAUGGAUUGUAAUCGCCGUCGUUGCUGGUUAACGUCUUUAUCGGACGUGCCGCAAUGCAACGUCUUCUUGCUACUAGUGGCCGUUCUUGUUUGCACGAGCCAGGCCGUACCUGUUGGCAUGCCACAGAUCGCUGACAUGCCGUCCAUCGGCGCAUCCGGUUUCUCUUGCGAGGGAAAAGUCAUCGGCGGUUACUACGCCGAUAUCGCUAGCGGAUGCCAAAUGUUUCACGUUUGCACUCUCGGCCAAGAAGGAGAAAUACAAGAUAUCAAGUUCCUUUGCCUGGCCGGGACCGUCUUUGAUCAAGAAACGAGGGUGUGCGAAAGAGUCGACGAAGUGGAUUGCGCAAACUCGGAAGCCUUUUACAAUCUCAAUUUGGACCUCUACGGCCAACACGGUCUCAUCUUGCAGACGGGUCGUAAAGUGCCCUCGGGCGAGGCAGGCUCUUUCGCCGACGAGCACAAUGUCCAGCAGACGGACACGUUCUACGACUACGCCGAUUACGAUGACGUAGCGCCCGUCACGUUGACUGCCACUUCAACUUCGACUGAACCGAUGACGACGUCAACAGAGCCAACAACAACAACAACAAUUGCAACAACAACAACAACAACUGAUCCACCGACGUCCCCAGUCAUCCCAGAAUUACCAACAUUCAGCGAGCCGCCAAAUGAAUUAUCUUCUUCGACUUUACCACCUCCGCGCUCGACAACGGAAGUACAGCCGGAAGUGCCAUCGCGACGCCCUAGUGACAUCGCCGAGGACGAGGACGUCUUGAGGUUGUUGGGUCAAAUCGAAGCCGACGUUCCGCGAAUUCCAUUUUUCGGUAAACCUUCCAGCGGGAGCCGCGGCGCGUUCCAUCCGCGCAUUAGGAGGGACGCCGUGGAACCUUCUUCCACUCCGACGCCGAAGAGAAACAGGACCAGAAGACCCGGAACGGGACGUCGAGUCUACAAUUCGACGACGCUACGCUACGCCAGUGAAACGGUACCGACUCCAUCACCUACUCCGGCUGAUAACACAGGGCCGUUCACCUGCAUCGGUCGUAUUAAUGGAGGCUUCUAUGCUGACGUGUCCAGCGGUUGCAGACGAUUCUAUACCUGUGGGGUUGGAAAAAAAAACAGAGUGGUGUCGCACGCUUUUACGUGUGGUGUUGGGCUACUCUUUGACCAGGCGACGUUGACAUGUCAAGACGUUGAUAAAGUGGAUUGCUCUUUAUCACCGAAUUUCUUCUAUCUAAACGACCCUGCCCUACGUCCAGCCGUCACAGAACCAACAGUGACGGAUACGUUUCAAUCGUUUAAAACGACUACACCUCCUCCUGAAACAACAUCCUAGGAUUAUCUAAUUUCUUCUUGUAUAAAAUAAAAAGUCUUAAACAUUCGUUGUGACCGCUGUCGGAUUGAUUAGUCUUGUGCCAUUGAUUUCGAUAUCAAGAAUACAUUCCUAUCACAGAAUAU